CGGGAACAGUUGUGCGCAGUCCAGGUGAGUGGAGAGAAGAGGUGACACAGAAGCGUGUGCAGCCAUGAGGGAGGGCAGGUUUGCCAGUGCAUGAGGAGGAGAAUAAAAGCAAAAGGAGAGGCCCUGCUGCUUAACCCUGCGGCUCCUGGGAAGAAGCAGAGAAACGGAGAAGCAGAGAAAGGAGAGAUUGGGAAGAAGCUCCAUCGCCAUCUCCCAGCCACAGAAUUUCUUCACUUGGGAAUCAUCCUUUUCCAGCCAACUUCUGCCUCCAGUAAACACCCUUCCUGUUAUCUCCAGAGUCCCAGGAUGUUCAAGGAAUAUUUCCAGUACAAGGGGAUCAGUUUCCCUCAAAUUAUCUACUCAGGACAGGUGCUGCAGAUGGUGGAAAACAACUUCCAAGUUCGGGACGACGAUAUUUUCAAUGUCACCUACCAAAAGUCAGGGACCGUGUGGAUGCUGGAGAUUUUAAGCCUCAUCCGUAGCAACGGUGACCCCAGCUGGUGCCGGACAGUCCCCAACUGGGACCGGGGGCCUUGGUAUGAGACCGUGAUAGGAUACAGAAUAGCUUUGGCCAACAAGUCGCCACGCAUUAUCAGCUCCCACCUGCCGGCACAGCUCUUUGCAAAGUCCUUCUUCAAAUCCAAAGCCAAGGUCAUCUACACAGUCAGGAAUCCCAAAGAUGUACUGGUAUCCCUCUACCAUUUUGCCUCCAUGUUUCGUCCCUAUAAAGACCCCGGCACCUUGGACCAAUUUCUGGAGGGCUUCCUAAAGGGAGAUGUGCCUUUCGGAUCCUGGUUUGACCACGUUAAAGGCUGGCUGAACUUGAAGGACAAGGAAAACUUCUUCUUCAUCACAUACGAGGAGCUGCAAGAGGACCUGCGGGGAAGCGUAGUCCGUAUUUGCCAGUUCCUGGGCAAGGACUUAGACGAUGCAGCCAUAGACUCAGUGGUGGCGAAUGCCUCCUUCGAGGCCAUGAAAAGCAACAAGAUGUCGAAUUUCUCCCUCUCGCCCCGCUUCCUCAUGAACCAGAAGAAAAGUGCUUUCCUCCGCAAAGGGAUAUCCGGCGACUGGAAGAACCAUUUGACCACCACGCAGAGUGAAUGUUUUGACCAGGUCUACCAGGAACGCCUACGAGAUUUAAACGUCACGUUUCCAUGGGACAAAGAAUGAAUCUGGCCUUCCCCGCUGACUCUCUCCAACACCGGACUAAUUUAAUAACUCAAAGGGAUACCAACAGUGUCUCAGCACAACAAGCUGUAGAUUAGUGGGGACAUCUGGGGUGGGCCAGAACUCCUGGAACUGUGGGAGGAGAAUGGGGUGUAGUCAGAACUGGAGUCAGGGCUCCAGGAAGGGAGUGAGCUGUGGCGGAUUAGAUUCCAGAGGUCACCCAACUAUGGCUCUUAAGCCCUGAGUAAUCAGGCACAUGGCCAUGAAGGCGCAUGAUGCAGCAACCUUGCUGAAGCUAAGCAGGUCUGGGUGUGGUCAGCAGAAGACCACCUGAAUAGCCCUUUGUACGAUGUCUUGAGUUCCAUGAUGGGAGAAAGGAUGUAUUGAAAUAAAAACAAACCAAU